AUGAACAAAUCUGAUGUGACGCAGAUAUCUAUUAAACCGUUGUCCGUAAAUGAGCCUUCUGAAAAGGAACUUGGUGAAGUCGCACUCGUCUUGUUACCAUUUCUACUGCCUCAAAAGAGGAGUAAGGCGAACCAAGAAGAGUUCGUGCAGUUUGUCUCGGAGGAUAAAGAUAUUAAUGUGCAUGCGGCAAGCCUCAAGUCAAUUUUCCCGGUGAUUGUCGUUAAGGGGGGAUUUGAAGGAAUUCUGAGUUCGAGCAUCGUUGCUGAUAAACAAGUCCUGUUCGAAGUGGAAGGUGGUAUGUUAGAAGCCACCAUGCUUUUGUUUGCGACGUAUUAUGUUUUUAUGUUUGAGUAUCCGUCUACGCUGAACAAUUUUUCUACGUAUUUACACAAGCGUAUUUUUAAUAUACCAGAUUCUAGAAAACUUCCAACUUCUGUAAUUUGCUUUGUAAACGAACUAGAGAGCAAAGAUGACUAGUAAAAAUGUAAAUAGACUUAACGAGCUUGUAUAAUAUAUUAUUUGUAUAACAACAUGGU